AGGCUCCCUGAAAAAUCCCUCCGAACAAUUGGAGUUGGCGCAAGCGGGAAAAUCCAGGAAGUAGAGUUCAAUUCGAAGGCGAAAUCAAAUGGAGGCAGGGCGAGUAGAGUGGUGAAAAUGUCAGGGGGUAUUAGGGUGCUGAACGUGGCGGAGAAGCCAUCGGUGGCUAAGUCGGUGGCGACAUUACUGUCAGGGAACCAAGGGCAAGGGCUGAGAGUGAGGGAAGGCCGAUCCCGCUACAACAAAAUCUACGAGUUCAACUACUCAAUCAAUGGCCGCCCCUGCCACAUGCUCGUCACCUCCGUCACCGGCCACCUCAUGGAGCUCGAAUUUGAGGACCGCUUUCGAAAGUGGCACGCCUGCGACCCCGCCCUUCUCUUUACCGCUCCCGUCCAUAAAAAAGUCCCUGAGGACAAGUUGGAUAUCAAGAGGACGUUAGAGGAGGAAGCAAGGAGGUGCCAGUGGCUUGUCUUGUGGCUCGAUUGUGAUAGAGAAGGAGAAAACAUUGCGUUUGAAGUCAUAGAAGUAUGCACAGCCGUGAAUCGUCAUCUUACCAUAAGGAGGGCUCGUUUCUCAGCUUUGACUGAAAGGGAUAUCUAUAAUGCAGUGCAGAAUCUUGUCAACGCAAACAAAUUCUUUGCUGAUGCAGUGGAUGCUAGGCAAGAAAUAGAUCUUCGGAUUGGUGCUUCGUUUACUAGGUUUCAGACUAUGCUGCUGAGAGAUGCAUUUGUUAUUGAUUCCACUGCAAGUGACAGAAAUCUUGUUCUAAGUUAUGGUCCUUGCCAGUUCCCUACACUUGGAUUUGUUGUGGAGAGAUAUUGGGAAAUACAGUCGCACGAGCCAGAGGAGUUUUGGACCAUAAACUGUUCACACAGAUCAGAUGAAGGCAUUGCUACAUUCCAUUGGAUGCGUGGACAUUUAUUUGACUACGCUUGUGCUGUUGUUAUUUAUGAAAUGUGUGUUGAGGAACCAACUGCUACUGUGACAAAGGUUAGACAACAGGAGAAGCUGAAAAAGCCUCCAAAUCCUCUGAAUACAAUUCAGCUUGAACAGCGUGCCUCAAUAUACUUUCGGAUGAGUUCUGAACACACAAUGAAGGUGGCAGAAGAGCUGUACCAAGCUGGUUUCAUCAGUUAUCCUCGUACGGAAACUGAUGGCUUCUCUGAAAGGACGGAUUUGCGUGCAAUUGUGGAAGAACAACAAAGGCAUCCUGGAUGGGGAUCAUAUGCUCAACGAUUGUUGGACCCAGCAUCUGGGCUUUGGAAAAACCCUAGCAAUGGUGGACAUGAUGACAAGGCCCAUCCACCUAUCCACCCCACUAAAUUUUCUUCUGGAGAAUCAGGAUGGAGUCAAGAUCACCAUAGAUUGUAUGAGCUGGUUGUUCGCCAUUUCCUGGCAUGUGUCUCACAGCCAGCUGUAGGGGCAGAAACCACUGUUGAGAUUGAUAUUGCUGGUGAAUUGUUCUCUGCUUCAGGGAGAGUUAUACUAGCAAAAAAUUACUUAGACGUUUAUCGAUUUGAAUCAUGGGGAGGUUCGUUGCUACCAACAUAUGAAUAUGGACAACAGUUUGUCCCAACAACAUUAACUCUUGAUUCGGGAGUCACUAGGCCUCCACCACUUUUAAGUGAAGCUGAUUUGCUGAGUUGUAUGGACAAGGAGGGCAUUGGCACAGAUGCAACGAUGCAUGAUCACAUAAAAAAGCUGCUGGAUCGAUUUUAUGCAACCAAGGACUCAAGCAUGCGUUUCUCACCGACCAAUCUUGGCGAAGCGUUGGUGAUGGGAUAUGAUGACAUGGGGUAUAAACUGUGGAAACCAUACCUUAGAGCUGUUAUGGAGCGUGACAUGAAAGCUGUUAGUGAAGGUGCUAAGAGCAAAGCUGAAGUUUUGGAAACUUGCUUGCAGCAAAUGAAAGCUUGCUUCCUAGAUGCAAGGUUGAACAAAGUAAAACUCUUUGAAGCCAUGUCAGUAUUCUUUGAGAGAUCUGGCAGGCCUAGUGGGGAUGAUCAGCACACAUCUGGAGAGUUCAUUCGGCGAUGUGGACUGUGCCAUGAAGCAGAUAUGGUACUUAGACAAAACCGGGAUGGAAAUUUCAUGGUUGGAUGCUUGGGUUAUCCUCAGUGUAGGAAUGCUGUCUGGCUCCCUGGAUCUGUAUCAGAAGCUGCUGUAACAACUAACGUUUGCAACUCAUGCACGCCAGGUCCUGUUUACUUGAUUCAAUUUACAUUUCGGCGGCUAGAAAUACCACCAAACUAUAGUGCCAACCAUUUGGGUUGCAUUGGCGGCUGUGAUGAGACUCUUAGACAGUUGACGGAAAUCUGUGGAACUGGUUCUCGGUUAUCAGCAAGAGGGCGUGGGCCAGCGACAUCCAACAAUAAUGUCCCACGAAGUAAUACCAGGCAGGGUCCUUGCAUAUAUUGUCAUCAAGCAGGGCAUUCUUCAGGCGAUUGCCCUUCCCAAUCUUCAGGUCCUCGAAGGGUGAGGCCUCAAUCUAUGAAUGUUCAAAGUGCAAGAGGGGGUGGACCAGCAAUGUCCAACAAUGUCCAACGAAGUAAUACUAGGCAGGGUGCUUGCAUAUACUGUCAUCAAACGGGUCAUUCUUCAGGCGAUUGCCCUUCCCAAUCUUCAGGUCCGCAAAGUGCAAGGCCUCGACCUAUGAAUGUACAAAGUGGACAAGUAUCAAUCUCAUGUUCUACGUGUGGUGCACCAUGUGCUUUACGAACAGCUAAUACAACAGCUAACAGAGGAAGAAAAUUCUACUCUUGUCAAUCGCAGGCGUGCAACUUUUUUGUAUGGGAGGAUAGCCUCAACAAUGAUAACGGAGGAAGAGGUUUUCAGCGUGCAAAUGUUAGUGCCUCAGCAUCUAACCCCACUCGGAAUGGUGGCAGCGGUAGAGGUGGCCGGGGUGCAGGAGAUGCUGCUGGGGUGAGUUUUGUAUCAGCGACUGGUGAUCCCGUCUCCGGUAGAAGGUGUUUUGCUUGCGGAGAUCCAUCACACUUCGCAAAUGUUUGCCCGAACCGUGGUAACUGAUGCACCUCCACCUCGUAGAUUACAUCUCUAGUGACUACUUUUGUGCUUAAAGAUUGAUGUCACUGUUCAGCGUAGAUAUAUCAGGUUAGGUACCUAGUAUUCUACAGUGAUGUUGAUUUGAAAGGAUAAUUUUCUAAUGAAAAUCAAAAGAUUAUCUUCA